AUGGAUCGAAUACCCGCGGAGCUAAAACACGAUGCGAUACGACUUCUACAAUUCCUAGUGCACUCGCGACCUCUCAAGCUAGCUGAGGCGAAAGAAGUAAUUGCAACGCAGGUCCAAAACGAGUCGCAAGGGUUUGACAUUAAGCGUCGACUAUUUCAUGAGACUAAUAUUCUCGAAUACUGUCCCGGCUUGAUAACAGUCGUGCACGCCACCAAGGAACUACAUCUUGCCCACUUCUCUGUGAAAGAAUAUCUUCUCAAAGAAGAUCAGUUUGAGAUGACUAUUGCAAGUUUUUCUAUCGCGAGAACAUGCUUAACCUAUCUCACAGACAUCAAAAGUAGUCACAGUGAGAUCAGGGAGGAUUUUCCAAUGGCAAUAUAUGCGGCGGAAAUGUGGCCACGCCAUGCUAUAUCUGCUCAAGCUUUAGAAGAUAUGGUUCAAAUGGCAGUUGAGUUCAUAGAGAAUGAAGCGACGUUCCAACGAUGGACUGCUUUAUGGCAGCCUUAUGAGCCUUUACGGAAUUUCCGUGGUGGUCCAAAAGCUUCUAGGCUUUACUACGCUUCCCUCAAUGGGCUCAUGGCACCUGCAUGUGAUCUUAUUGGCAAGGGAGUCGACGUUAAUGCGCAGGGCGGCUACUUUGGCAACGCUCUCCAGGCAGCUUCAUUCCACGGCCAUAGCGAUACUGUCCAGAUGCUUAUGGAGAAAGGAGCCAACGUUAAUGCGCAAGGCGGCCACCAUGGCAACGCUCUCCAGGCAGCUUCAUUAUGUGGCCAUAGUGAUACUGUCCAGAUGCUUAUAGAGAAAGGAGCCGAUGCUAAUACGCAGGGAGGCUUCUAUGGCAACGCUCUGCAGGCAGCUUCAUCCCGCGGCCAUAGUGGUAUUAUCCAGAUGCUUAUGGAGAAAGGAGCCGACGUUAAUACGCAGGGCGGCGGCUAUAGCAACGCUCUCUAG